UACCGAAGGGAACAGGGUGGAGCAAACGGCGCAACUUUGAAGCGAUCUGUAGAGGCCGGAGGGGUAGCAGCUUACACGGAACGGCCCGCCGGCGGGGACGCAUCGCGGGCACGCUUGGACUGCAGUCGGGCGCUCCUGCGCGGUUCUGCCGCUGCCAGCCGAUUCAUGGCGAACCGAACGCCGCGGAAUCGACGGUUCGUCUUCUAGUGGAAGGGGAAGGAGGGACGAGGGUUUCGUUUUAGGAAGACCCCACGAAACAGAAACAAGUGUAGUUAAUCAUCGGGACGAGGGACGAGUCUAUUUUAAGGCGGCCGCUAGCUUAGCCCAGAUGGGAUCGCCGUCUCCGGCGCCGCCGCCGCCGCCGCCCAAGUGGAUUAUGCUGCGCCGCGUUCCGCAAGUGUGCCAUGAUCUCUACGCUGACUUCUCCGUCACGCUCGCCGAGCCCCCGCGCCCCACCGAGCUCGUCGUAUCCCCGCAUCUCGCCCCCGAUGGCGUCUCCGCCGACUGUUUCCCUUUGGUCCACGCCGCCGAUCCGUCCGGAAUCCUCCUCGUCUCCGCCACCUACGACCGCUGCUCCAUGGCCCCUCCCUCCGCCGACAAGCAGGCGGGGGAUUACACGACCAACUACUUCGCCUGGCAUGCCGCCAUCGACUACACCCACCGCCUCCCGCCACAUGAGGACUCUGUAAAGCACACCGGCAACGUCGGCGUCGUCGUCGACAAGUACAAUUUCAUGGUCGCCGAGCUCCUGCCCGCCGGCGACGGCGACCGCGCCAGUCUACUCUGCUAUUGGUCAUAUGAUCGUGAAUGGGUGAAGAAAACUCUCCCCUUUCCCCUCAAAUGCCCUUGGUCUAGUGCCCGUACCUUCUCGCACCAAGGGAAGCUCUGGUGGUUGGAUCUUUCGCAAGGUCUUCUCUGCUGCGAUCCUUUUGCUAAAGAGACGGAGCUCCUCUUCGUGCCAUUCCCUGAUGAUAUAGAUACACACACUCGAGGCAGAGAUGUCGGCAACCGUCGCUGCGUAAAUCUGAGCAAUGGUGCGCUGUGGUUAGCGGAGAUGACUUACCACCGCCGUGCGCUGUUCGUUAAGAUGUGGAAGCUGGGCACUCAAGGGCAAUGGACUCCCGAUUACACAGUUAAGUUUGCGGAUAUCUGGGCUGACAGGAGCUACAAGGAAACUGGAAUACCGAAGAAGAAGCCGGCAUUGGUAGCCAUCAACCCUGAUGAUCCCGAGGUGCUUUACUUCUCUUUGGAGGGUAAUCUCCUCCAAGUUAACAUGUGUGCCAAAAGAGUUGAGCUGUGUGUGGCUUUCAGGCGCCCUACCACAGAUUUGAAAAUAGACCAGGGGUCCUCGCAGUUUAUUCUCACUUGGAAUCUUCCGACAUCGAUAGUUUCAUCAUCAGUAGGACGAAAGCAAGAAGAGCGGUCAUCGAGGGAUUCAGCUUUUGAUAUGAUUGCAGAUUCGUUCACCAAUGCAUGCGCUAGUGUGCUUGAUGAUAUGGAAUUUAAUCAGCUGGCUAUGACUGCAAUUGAAUACCUUAACCAGAGCCGAAAGGAAGAGAAGGUCAAGUUCAGAUUGUCUGAGCGUCUCUGCCAAUGUUAUUUUGACGAGGAGGAGGCUAGUACUUCCCACAGAAAGCAAUAUAUCCAUAUGAACUUCUAUGUUCACACGGAGUCUGAAAGGCUUCCGCAGCUUGUGUUUGCGGAGUUUGUCGAAGCUAAUAGGAACGAUGAUUGUUCCUGGGAUUUGUUGUCAUGCAAAACUAUAACCAAGAACAGUCCUGGUACAUUUUAUUUCCUCUCAAUAGUUGUUCUAAUUUUGGAUUAAUCCUUGUUCACCUAUUGAUAGAAGGGAGUUAUUUUGAGAUACACAUAGUCAAUAAUUGUGAAAUCUGAACUUCUCCUAAGAUCUUUCUUGGUAUUAGGAUUGCACACGUGAUACUGGUAGAUGUAGAUAUAUCUAAAAAAGUACUUCCUCUAUAAACUUUUAUAAGACAUUUUAGAUCACUACUUAUAAAAGUUUACAGAGGGAGCACUUUCCUAAUAUUAAAGAUUUAUCGAGUUUAUUAAUAUAUUGCAACAACAACAGUGCAGUACUUUGUUGAACCAGGCUAGUUAAGAUGAACAUAUGGUUCAUUACUUGGUUGAACUUGGUUACAUCAGAAUAUUAGAUGAACUAGAUGCUGAGCUAUGCAUCCUUUGUUCACUAUUAUGUGCCUUAUAACUAGAAAUCAACCUAGUACUUUAUUCCAAUUUAAUGUUACUACUGAGCCCUACAAGCUGUAGCCCUCAAGCUUCUAAUGGUGUACUAAUAGACAAGACUAAGAGUUAAUGACAGUAGUUCUUUCUAGGAGUAAAUGGCAAGCAGUUUUAUGUAUUUUGAUGUGUUAGGUGUUGAGGCCUUGUGCCUAUCGUGACCAAAUUGUGCGGCGAUUAGUGUUCCAUUUUUUAGCGGCAGUAAUUAUGUACCACAAUCUUGCAGAAAUUUUCACUUUGCCAGAAAAUUGUUCAAAUACUGAGACAUGCUAUUAAAGAGCAACGCACUAAGAGCAUGCGUAUUCUCAAGUAUUGAUGCGACUUACUCCAGUGCUACAAAAGUCUUGUUGUUUUGGACAUUGAAAUGUUCACCAAUAUGGAUCUUCGACCAUUACCUUCUCUAUUCAUUUAUUACUAAAGUUACAGAAAAUAUGAUGACAUGAAAGUACUUUGACAAACCUAUUACUUGGUUUCACAAUAUUUAUCCCAAAUGCAUAUCUAGGAGGUACCGAACUAAAAAAUGAUUUGAUAUAAUCCAACCAUACUUGCUCUCACUGAUAAAUUAGUCGUUCUCUAUUUAAAUAGAAUCAAGUAUGGUAAGAUUCCAUCAAAUAUUAAUUGACUCCAUCUUGUAGUUACGAGCAGGGGUUUGCUGCUGUGAAACGGGGGGAGUAGUACCAUCUUCAUAUAAAGCAUAUAAAUAGAUUUACAUAUAUUAGUGGUUGACGGUGUCACGACCCAGGGUGCCUCAAGAUCCUAGAAGUUAGUUCACCAGACUGCUCAGGAGCCCUAGGCCGCUAUACGGCUUGGCCAUCAGCCUGACUUGGGAGGCCUGGAGAAGGAAGGAACCGACUUCCUUGCUGUGCAAGACAAGGAGGCCAAACAUCCUUCAACCACCUUAGAACCGACUAGACUCUUUAACCCUAGGCCCCUGGCAUCCUUUAUAAUCUCAUGCUUGGGCUAAUCGAUACCAUCAUUAUACCUAUGAUCCCUGAUAUUUGUAUUGUCCUCUGUACCCUCAUCCAAUCAAUACAAUAAGAGCAGGAGUAGGGUUUUACCUCCAUAGCGUGAGGGCCUGAACCUGGGUAAAUUAUCCCCUAUUCCUUCUCUGGGCUUUCCAGCUAGUUGCAGGACCCUAUCGAGGGGCCUCCCGGAAUUCACACCAACAAUGGCGCGCCAGACACGGGUCGUGCUUGCUGGAACUGAGAUCUAGAUGGAUCUGACAUCAAUCGUGCCGCCUUCUCUAUUGGGCAGAUGUUUGCUUUCGGGCGAUGAACUGCAUCACCAACUCGGCGGAGCAGAUUGAGCCAUUGACACCUACAAGCCAGGCCAGAUUCUCCUCUUCGGGGGCCUGGAAUUCAUCGCCGACUCGCGCGGCAAGCUUCGCCUCUGUGGCCAGUCGCCUUGUUGAGCACAUGAGUCAGGAAUUGAAGUUCCUCAGGGAGAUUCUUCGUCUUUCUGCGCAGCCCAGAGUGAUCUGUCCUAGAAGAACCUGGUCAAUCUUUGGGUACAAUCAGUUUCCCUGGUGUACUCAUACAUCAGUUAAGCCCGGGCCUUGAUGGCUAGAUCCGCGUGUCCAAGUAGGCCAUCAUCACAUCUGCCAUCAUCAGACCAGUAAAAUCUAUGGGGACGUUUGGCCAGUAAAACCCGCCCUCUUGCCAUUUCCUAUUGGAAGUGGGCAGGGGGCACUUGAUGUACCCGGAUCUGUAUCGCUUCGUGAUGGCGGCUCUGCCGCACUCAUAGCUCUCGCCAUCGUUGGUCUGGAGCUUGAACUGGAAAUACCAGCGCUAAAGCCCGAAUGCGGCUGGAUUGCUGGGAAACACUCACACACCAUUAUGAAACAUACAAUGUCUAGAAUCCCAUUUGGCGUUAGGCGAUGAAGUUGGAGCUAGUAGAAGUAGCGGAGGCCACAAAAAAUAUUGUGGCAGCGACAAACCUCGCACGAGGAAGGACACAUACAAGAUCCACUCUGCUUCACGCGCCGUCAGAGAGACCUUCGCCAUGCCAUUAAUCGCUUCAUCGGCGACCUCCAGACAACGUGGUCCCGCAGCAGCAAAUAGACCUACACCCCUGCCCGACGAGGCUGUUGAGCUGAGGUGGGGAUGUUGUUGAUGCCAUCCACUCCCCCUUCAUAUCCAAGGGGGUGGUGAUUUUUCCCUUGUCGCCGCCGCUGCCCUUGCUCGAAGUGUUGCCCUUCAUUUUGUUGUCACCCCGACCCUUGGUCGAUUGGGGGCCAUUGGUAGGUGGCGGCGUGGAGUGGUGGAGAAAGGUAGGAGCUUGAGCUCAGAGGCAUGGAAAUGGAAGCUUGGGCUAAAGGAAUGACGGGGGUGAAGAAAUGGGAGAGGUGUGGCAUGGCUGGGUGCGGAUCUCCCUAUAAAGCCCCGAUGGGAGGCUAAAUGUCGUUGUUAAUGUCGUGACACGCGGCCACAAUCUUCUGCCAUAUCCCUACUAGGCACGGGAAUUGAGGCGCUCCUUAAAUGGCACCUGAGCCCGAGGAGCCAUAUCCCUACUAGGCACGGGAACAGCAUAGGCUUUGUUGCAGCUGGCUUGUGGGGAACAAUCUGACAGGACCAAUUCCAGUUAUGAGCUCCCUGCAUCAUUUGGCAUCACUGUAAGUAGAAACAUACCACUUGAUGAUUGCUUAUGCAAAAUGAUUUUCUGGAGGUUCAUAAUUACUACUACUACUACUAGUCGACAAAAUGAAGACGCUGGCUGUUCCAUUUCACUAGUUAA